UAUGUCAAAUAUUAUUCACAUUCACUCAAUGUUCAAAUGCUGCAUGAAACCCCACUUAUUUACUACAAUGGAAUGAUUGCAUCUUCACCCAAUUAGGUUUUCAUCUGCAUGGCAUAUGUAGGUCAUUGGUCACAUGUGCGUCAACUAUAAGCACUUGGAAAUGGAACACAUGCGUCCUGAGACAGGAUCGGGCCUUCCUGCGGCCACCCCGGCCUUGCGUCCUCUGGUGUAACACACCAGCAUUGCAGGCGCGUAAUGGCCGCUGACUAGACGACUUGCCAUGCAUAAAAAAUCCGUUCUUAAGUAAUUCCUAGUCCCUCCUCAUGAUCAGGGAGAGACUUUUUAACGUGCAAGAAUGUCCGGAUUUGUUCAAAGUCUCUGGGAAGCAGUUGGAACCUUGUUUCAGACAUUUGAGCAGUUGUUGACGGACCCCGCCCAGCUUUCCUGUGAUGACCUUGUUGUCCUCGGUGCUUGCUCCGUCUGCGUUACAGUGGCGGUACUGUGGGCAUGUUCUGGUGAAGAAUUAAGGACCCAGAAAGUCAAGGUUAGGGCAGACUUCACGCCAGGAAAAGUGCACUACCACGGGAUACCACCAGUCAGGGCGAUUCCAUGUUUGUCUCCGUUUGGACUGAAGCUUGAGACCUACCUGCGGAUGGCUGAUAUUCCAUACGAGCCCUCUACAGAGAUGGCCAUGGGACCAAAGGGGAAACUCCCUUGGAUCGAGUACAAUGGACAAGCCAUGGGCGACUCCAACCUUAUCAUUGAGUUCCUGAACAAGGAGAAGGGAGUGGAUCUCAACCGGUCACUUCAUGAUGCUGACCGGGCCGUCAGCCGGGCCUUUGUUAAGAUGCUGGAGGAGAACACAUAUUGGGGAGGCGCAAAGUGUAAGAUGAUUGAUAAUCAGGAUAAGAUACAGGAGCUGUGGGAGGUAUCCUGGUUCAUCUUUUUCUUCUACCUGAAGCCUGCAAUAAAGACCAUUAAAAAGAACAUGUGGGCCCACGGCAUCGGUCGUCACUCCGACGCUGAGCUGGAAGCCAUUGUUGAGAAAGAUGUCAGAGCUCUCUCAGACUUCCUGGGUUCCAAGCUGUAUCUUAUGGGAGACGAACCAACCGAAGCCGACGCCGCCGUCUUUGGUUUCUUGGCACAAAUCCUGUGGACCAUGCCGGGCACCUACAUGUACAGGAUUGUUACCGAGGACUGCCCCAACCUACAGGCCUACACCAUCCGUAUGAAGGAACGUUAUUGGCUAGACUGGGAUCAACUGACGGGAAACACGAAAAAGGACCAAUGAGGUCGUCUUUGUUAUAGAAACUGUUCCUUCAUAUUAGUACAUGUGAUUUUCAACUGGUGAUUAAAGGGUUGUAUGAAUCGUAACAUUAACACCGGGGUGAUCAUAUACACGUCGAUGGGUUUCGAUGGAGAAGACAAAUAAACAUAUAGAAAUUAA